GCAAGAGUAAACCUUUGCACUUAAACCAUUCUGGUAAUGCCCUGAACUGCUCAGAGGAUCUAAGAAGCUACAGAGAUGUCUACUGAGCCUCCUGCCACAACAGUGGUUGCAGAAAUGGACCCUUUCACAACCUUUGAGACCAACAGUUCCACCUGUGACUUAUAUGAGCACAAAGACACAGCACGGAUAUUACUGUCUGUCUUCUAUGGCUCCAUCUUGAUUCUUGGGGUGCUUGGAAACACCAUUGCUCUCACUGUCAUUUUUAAAAACAGAAAAAAGAUCAACUCUACUACCCUCUAUUCAACAAAUCUCGUCUUCUCUGAUCUGCUGUUCUGCAUUGCCUUACCAACCAGGAUAGCCUACUAUGCCCUGGGAUUUCACUGGCCGUUUGGAGAAGCGCUGUGUCGAAUCACCGCGCUCUUGUUCUACAUCAACACCUACGCGGGCGUAAACUUCAUGACGUGCCUGAGUAUUGACAGGUUCUUCGCUGUCGUCCACCCCUUCCGAUACAAGAUCAGAAGGAUUAAAUAUGCAAAGGGCAUUUGUGUCUUUGUCUGGUUUCUUGUAUUCAGUCAAACUUUCCCAUUACUUAUACAAUCCAUGUCACAGGAAGAAAAUGAAAGGACUACAUGUAUGGAAUAUCCAAACUUUGAGAAAAUAGAGCAUCUACCAUUUAUACUUCUUGCUGCCUGUUUAAUAGGGUACCUUAUUCCCCUGGGGAUUAUUCUAUUUUGCUACUCUCAAAUCAGCUGCAAACUUUUUCAAACAGCUAAGGAAAAUCCACUGACUGAAAAAUCAGGGAUAAACAAAAAAGCCAUCAAUACAAUCAUAUUUGUAAUUAUAGUGUUUGUCAUCUGCUUUACACCUUAUCAUGUUGCAAUCAUACAACACAUGAUUAAGAAACUUCAGCAAGAACCAUUGUGCCCUGAAAAGAAAAUUUUCCAGAAGUCACUCCAUUAUACUGUAUUUCUGAUGAAUUUUAACUGCUGCCUAGAUCCUUUCAUCUAUUUCUUUGCAUGCAAAGGAUACAAGAGAACUGUACUGAAAAUACUGAGACGACAAGUGAGUGUAUCAAUUUCAAGUGCUGCCAGGUCACAUCAUGAAGAAAGCUCACGUGACGCAGGAGAAACACAAAUGACGGUACUUGCUAAAUCUUCCAAUGGAAAGCUACCUGAAAAAUAAAGCCUGUAGUACACCACAGUGGACCAAGACUAAAAAUCCAGGGUCCAUAGCAAAAACUCUUAGUGCUGCCUUACAGCAGCUUAAGUAAAAUUCUGUUUCUCAGGAUGUCAGGGAAUCAAGAAGUGAUGGACUGAAAAUAUUUGUCACAGGACAGCAGGAAAACUCAGCAUUAUAAUGUCCUUGCUGUAUCCUUUUGACGGAUCUCUUAUUUUUUCCAGGAAAUAUGCACCAUUGUGAAUGUUCAGAUUCCAUGCUGCACAUACAUAUGCCUGGAUGUUACUAACUCAAGCAAAGUCAAAUUGCAGUUUGGAUUGAGAAAAAAUAUAGCUUACAAUUCAAACCAACUACAACCAGAACAUCUGAAAAUUUCAAGACCUCUAGCUGAGCUCCAAUUACAGCAGUGGUUUUGCUGGCCAAGUCGCAUAAACAGAGGAAAUAAAAUUUUGAGAUAAAAUGGA